CCCGCUGUCGUUACCUGAUCCCACUCUGAGAGCGUUCAGGAGGGCCUUGGUGUUCUGCUGUGGCCUUUCUCAGAGUCACGACAAGCACAGAGAAGUUUCAGGUACGCCAGGUGUGCAAUCCUUCUGUUUGCUCUGUGAUCUCCGGCUCAACCUGUCUGGUGGGUGUGGGCUGGUCCGGAGCUAGCUGCUGUAGGGAGGGAGAAGAAAUCCUGCUCAGUCGUAAGAGACGUUGGGGGAAACUCUGCUUCUUCUCUGGUUUCUGGAAAACAAAACAGGUAAACGGAUCCCACCACCUCAGCAAGGAAGAGCCCGGGACCGAGUGGGGGUGGACGGCAGGGGAACCAGCAGCCUGGUCCAGAAUGUGAAAUAACCUCAGGGGGGAUUCUUCUGCUGCGGUUCGACAGAUGGGCCUGAGAUUCUAAUGUGGCAUUUCAGGUUCUGGGAUGUUCAAGAUGUUGCUGUGUUUCUCAGCAUCACCCUCUAUAUGUGUCACUUAGCUGGAGCCAUUUCCAUCAACUCUUCCCAGAGGAACCUGAUCCGGUCAGUGCAGGAGGAUGUCUUCUUCUCUGUGGACGUGACGUGCUCCGGGGUCCCUACCAUACAAUGGAGCUUUAUGUCAGGAGAGGGGAGCCGCUCCAUAGGGACAUGGCAGCCGAGGGUGUUUACCAACAUCACAGAGGAUUACAGCGGCAGAGUGGAGACCUACGAGAACGGCUCCAUGGGCCUGUUGGACCUGCGGCUCCAGGACAGCGGAUACUAUGUGGUCUCUGUUGAAGACCCGGCGGGGAACAGCCAGGACGUUGGCUUUGUCCUGAAGGUGAACGAGGUUCUGUAUGAGGAUCUCCAGUACCUGUCGGUCACCGCCAUAGCACUGAUGUUUGUGGCCGGUCUGCUCAUGCUAACCAUGUGGCUGCUGCACAAAGCCUGCAGGAGGAUAAAGGCCUGGAGACGCAGGAAGCAGAUGCCAGAAAAUGAUGCAACAGAGCUGCAGCCUCUUUGAAGAAGUGAACAAACCCUGCUGAGAGCCUCCGUCCUGCAACACAAACCGCCUGCAUUUAAGCCUGGACACUUGUGUGCAAACGUUAGCCAUGCACAGAUUUUAACUGAAACUACUGAAAGCUGCAUCAAAAAGAA